UGUUCGUAUGCGUGAGGAUGCUGGAAAACAUUCGAUAUUAUGGACAAAACCGACCAUUAUGGAUGUUCCAGAGAUAAUCGACAUGGUGGUAAACAGUCUAGAAAUAGCAGAGGAUGCUAAAAUGCGAGGAGACUCGAUAGGAGAAUGUAAUGAAUUCGUCCGUCUGGCAAUGCGUUUAAUGGAGUCUGACUGGAAUUGGAUAUCUGAUCAAUUAUUUCUUGUGGCAAUCGAUAUCGCUACCCAAAUUCGUGUUGACGGUGGCCGUAAAGAAGCGGUUACCCGUUAUAUAUACGGACAAUUUCUCAUAAAAGAAUAUAAUCAAAUAGAAGAAGGAGCCGUGCAUUUGCACAUUGCUAGAGAGCUUGCGAAAGAAAAGAAAUGGAUAGCAAGUCCAGAAGUAGAAGGUGCUUUCGAAAAUUUGUAUCGGCAAAUCUGCAGUUUGUUAUAUUCAGGAAUGUUGAAACUGUCGCAAAGAAUACGUAAGACAAAUCCGCAAAAAGCUGCAGAUUAUUGUGCAAUAGCAAUUAAAAGAGCGCAAGAAGCCGAUAGUGAUGAGGGGAUAGCCGCAACAUUAAUGGAACAAGGUCUUUGCAUGCUUUCGACUGGAGAACUUUCAGACGCAAUGACUAAUUUUAGGGAAACAAUGAAAAGAAGCCUUGCAGCUGAAAACUAUAUUUCAGCUUGUGAUGCACAUUUGCAAAUAUCGAGAACUUUUGAUGCUAUGAAGAAUUUCCCUAAAGCAGAGAAGCAUUUAAUGAAGAUGUUGCAGCUGGCCGAAACGCAUGAAUUACGAUUUUCUAUCGCAAAAGCACAUCAAGCUCUCGGAGAACUUUAUUUACAGAGCAAGUUAGACAUCUUUAAUUCAUAUAAAAAAUCAGUUGAUGAAUUUGACAAAGCUAUGCAAAUUUAUAAUGAACUCGAAAAACACCAGGAUUUAAGUGCAGCACGCGCUAUGCACGCUGUUGCUAAAGGUCAACAACUCAUGAAGCAGUUUUUCAAGACUGUAUUAAAAGCUGGCGAUCCUAAUGACAAAGGCCACAUGUUAACUAAAUUAAUUCAAUGGAAAAUUGAUAGGACACCCUUUUGGUCGGAAGAUACGUCAGAUACAAGCUCCUUAGAUAUUGAAGAAGAAUCUGUAAAUGAAGAGUCCAUUCAUGAAUCCUCAGCAUCAUUGUACACACCGCACUCAUCGCAAAGGAGCAGCGUGAUGUCAAACACAUCGUUGCCUAAUGGAAUUAAUUAGCAAGCCAUUAGGCAAAAUCACA